AUGAUAACCUUUGACGAUGUUUUGAAGGACAUCGGGGAGUUUGGAAGAUGCCAGAAGUGGAUCGUCCUGCUCUUGUCUCUGUGCGGGGUGACAUUUUCAUUCAUCACCGCCGUCUUUGGUUUCCUGGGCGUGAUUCCGAGCCACUGGUGUCGAGGCAGCCCUGCUGUGGUGGGACUGAGGGAAAAGUGCGGCUGGUCUCUUGAGGAGGAAAGGAAUUACACCGUGCCUCCAGCAAGGUCUGGCAGCCCGGCGUACAGCCGGUGUGAGAGCUACGACAUAGACUGGAACCUGACCUACCUCAGCUGCGAUUAUCCAGAGGCGCUGAUCGCUAAUAGUUCCGGAGAGGUUCUACGCACAACUUGCAAAGACGGCUGGUUUUAUGACAGUUCCCGUACGACCAUUGUGAGCGAGUACGACCUUGUGUGUGACGAUGCCUGGAAGGUGGAUUUAUCUCAAGGCUGCAUUCAGAUUGGCUUUUCCCUUGGAGUGCUCAUCACAGGCUACGCUGCAGACAGGUUUGGGCGGAAACUGGCCUUACUGGUCUGUCUGGGUGGGACAGGAGUGGCUGGGAUCUUUGUUGCCCUUGCACCCGUAUAUCCCGUGUUUGUGAUCUUCCGAAUCCUGCAGGGCUUGUUCGGAAGAGGGAUAUCCGUCAUCACUGCUGUCAUUGCUACAGAGAUGGUUGGAUGUAGACAAAGAAGAGUGGUGAUAGUGGUGACUCAGACGAUGUUCUCGUUAGGAGUGAUGCUACUUCCUGGCUUUGCCUACAUGAUUAAAUCUUGGAAAGGAAUCCAAAUGGCCGUCACCGUUCCAAACUUUGUCCUGCUGCUUUACUGCUGUUUGAUCCCCGAGUCUCCUCGCUGGUUGCUGACCCGCAAGAGGCUGAAGGAGGCGUUGAAAGUGGCUCAGGAAAUGGCGGACCAGAAUGGCAAGAGUCUCCCAUCAAACUACAAAGAGAUGAUGAUGGCGGAGAGCAGUCCCGAAGUAGUGAGGCAUCUUUCCUUCCUCGAUCUGUUCAGGACGGCACAGAUGAGAAGACGCACGCUGAUUUUGAUGUACUGCUGGUUCACCAGCGGCCUGGUGUACCUGGGCCUGACCCUGCGCCUGGGUCUGCAGGGGGUAGAGAAUUACAGCGACACCUUUGUGGCAGGGGCGGUGGAGCUGCCCGCCACCAUGUUGGGACUGCUGGUGGUCCGCCGCGUCGGGCGCAGAAGCCCCUUCGUGGCCUCCAGCGUGCUGGCCGCGGCCUUCUGCCUCAUCGCAGCCUGCAUCUCCGGAGAAAUGCCUAGACUCAAGACCGCUGUCACCACACUGGCCCGGUUCGGCAUCACCAUCUCCCUCAGCAUCCUCUUCCUGCUCACCAACGAGCUGCAGCCCACUUCCAUCAGGAGUUUCGGAGUCUCCGUGUGCCUGUCCCUGAGUGACAUCAGUGGGUUUGCAGCACCUCUGGUGCUCUAUAAACUAGCCGCAGUUUGGACAGAGCUCCCGCUGGUGAUCUUUGGUGCACUUGCUCUGGUAGCUGGUGGAUUAGUGAUGCUACUGCCUGAAACGAGGGGAAUGAGGCUGCCCGAAAAUAUAAAGGAUGUGGAAAACAUUGGCCGGCUUUACAGACACGACCAGGAUGAAUGUAAGGAGAUGAUAAACCUGCGAGCAUCAACCUAGGGAAGGAAAUGCAAGCCCAGCGGAGGGGAGUGCGUCCGGUAAUGAGCCUUUAAUCAGAGCUAAAACAAAAUAACUCCGACUGAUCAAUAAAAACACAACCAAUUGUUUUCAUUCUGGUGGUAGAUGCUCACGUAGAUAGAAAAUG